UGUAAACUGCUAAUGGCAACGCAGUGUUUCAACCAAAAAGAAAUUGUCUGUGGUGGUGUCGACGGUUUCGCCGAAACUGAGAAUCGGCGAUUUGCGAGACAAUAUUUUGUUAAAUAACAACUAUUUGUGUCAUUUUUUAAGCAUAACACAUAACACAAGAUGGCUGAUGAUGCACCAGGAAUGGAUGUUGAUGAGGAAGAAGUAGAACAGCCUUCAUCUUCUAAUGUAAAAGGAGAUCGUAAACGUUUUGAAGUGAAGAAGUGGAAUGCUGUUGCUUUGUGGGCUUGGGAUAUUGUUGUUGACAACUGUGCCAUCUGCCGGAACCAUAUCAUGGAUCUUUGUAUUGAAUGCCAAGCCAAUCAAGCAUCUGCUACUAGCGAAGAAUGCACAGUGGCAUGGGGUGUCUGUAAUCAUGCCUUCCACUUCCAUUGCAUUUCCCGUUGGCUUAAGACUCGUCAAGUAUGCCCCUUGGACAAUCGCGAAUGGGAAUUCCAGAAGUAUGGACAUUAAGAGUAUGUCCUUUUUGCAGCACACUUUAUUUUUAAUUAUUAUUACCGAGUUUCAUCAAUGAAUCCGCCACCUGUCAAUCUUUUUUUUUUGCUUUUGUUGGAUUACAAGGAAAAAGAUUGAAUAAAUGUCAUUCAAUAACUUUAA